CGUAACAAAUGACUCUUCAUGCCAGGAAAUUUGAAGUGUUUAUGUAGGAUAUGCCGAGGUGAUGGGCCUCCCGUGUCCAGAUAUUUACGUUUAUCCCAUAAACGUAAAUAUGGAGAUUUCGCAAGCUAUAACGCCUAUGAGUAUGACGAUCAAUCGGUUCUCAACUAUGCAGAAAAGGAACGUCCGGAAAGCGAUAAUGAUAAGCUCCAGGAUGAUGACGAUUCCAGAGAACAAGAUAAUAAUUAUAACGAAUCUACUCAACAGGAAUUUGAACACCCUAAUGGUGAACAGAACAACGCUGAAAGGACACUGCAUUUGGACCAUAUUGAUACAGAUGCAGAGAUGGACACUGCCUUUGAAAUUUCUUCAGAAUCUGAUCAGUCUUCUAACAGUGGUGAUAGUCUAGAAGAGAAUGGUGAUUCAUGUACAAACAAUUUGAAUGAUAUAGUUAAAAAGGGGAUAUGGAAUUUCAACUAUGAUAAGACCUUGUAUUCAUCAGGAUUGGCAAUUGAAGAAAUACCAGGCACUGAUUUGACUAUUUUACAAUGGAUUGCCUUGAAUUUUCACACAUUUACCAGUCAUCCAAGCUUUAGCAAGGAAGCCUUUACAGAUACACUGAAAAUUCAAAAACGAUUGCUGACCAGUACUUCCAAUGGUAGAAAUAUACCUCUGCCAUCAUCAUAUUAUGAAGCAAAGAAACUGAUACGUGAUUUUCUGGUGAAAAAAGUUUCAUUCCAUGUUUGUCCUAAGGACUGUGUUAUCUUUCGCAAUUCUGAAAAGUAUUCCUACGCUGAUCUGCAAAAGUGCCCUGUGUGUGGGGAAGAAAGGUAUAAAAAUCACGAAAAGAAAACUCCACACAGAACAUUUGAUUACAUUCCAAUAGGACCAAGAUUAGCACGGAUAUAUGGCGAACCAAACUUGGCCACGAUUGUGCAAUCUCAUCCAGGCUCAACAAAUGAACUUCUUGAAAAACACAAUCAAAUGUUUGACAUACACGAUGCACCCAAAUGGAAAUCUGUUUAUUCAGAAAAUGGGUUUUUUAAGUCAGACAAAAUGGGUCUUUCUUUUGCGAUGGAAGUUGAUGGUGUCAAUCCCUAUCAUAAUAUUGGUGUUAUCUACUCCAUGACACCUAUCAUGUUAACUAUUCUGAACUUACCACGACAUAUCAGGAAUCGAUUUGAAAGUAUUAUGCUUGUAGGGAUAAUCAAAGGACAAAGAAACCAUUCUGAAGCAAGUGUUGAUGCCUAUGUAGAGGUUUUGGUAGACGAACUGCUGUUUCUAAGUGGCUGCACGACAUUCACUGCUUACAAUAAAGCACCAGUACAAGUCAAACUUAAACUGCUGUUGCAUGUUUUAGAUUAUCCAGGCCUAUCCAAACUUUUUCACCAACAUGGAAGUGGAAGUCUGUCAGCCUGUCAUUGGUGCAAUAUUCAAGGAAUUCACUGUCCAAAGUUACAGAAAGUAGUGUACUUACAAAAUAGAUCUUAUUUGAAAGACAAUGACAUGAUCAGACAGGAUUAUUCUAAUUUUAUCGGAAAAUGUGUUGACGAUAGCUCCAAACCAAAGGCAAGAAUAUUGGAGACAGAGAAAACCUACAGGGAAGCAUAUGAAAAUGCGAAAAAUAAGACACAAGCAAAAACUGUAGCAAAAGUAACAGGGUGUAAAGGAAAAUAUCCCUUACUUAACUUACCGGGUCACAACAGAAUAGAGGAGUGUUGCCCAGAUGCUUGUCAUACAUUGAAAGAUGUUGUGCAGACAAUAGUUCAUCUUAUCAGCUGCAAAAAUGUCAACAAAGAAAAGAAAAUUGCAGCAGAAAAGCAUUAUGGUAGAUUUAAUGACUUUCGUCAAGAUCCACCAAAUGCAUCUUGUGACAAAGAUUUAGAAGUCCCUGAGAAAUCCUCUAGGAAACGUAAAUGGCAUUCCGUCUCUAAAUCUAAGCCGAAAGCCUCCAGUCGACAAGUUUUAACACAAGAUUCUUCUGUAGCUGAUUGUGAACAUCCAGCUGUGCAAUACCCAUUCUUUCUUACAAGGAACGAAUUGAAAAAAGCGGAUGAACGUGCAAACUUGCUAAAAUUUCCAAUUGACUUUGGACUGAAAUCUGCAGAUUAUUUCUCAAAAAGUAGCAGCUUAAAAUCCCAUGAUUGGAAACAAUUAGGCACACAGGGAAUACUGAAAUUUUGUAUAAGAGGAUUAUUGGGAAAUUUGCAAAGACGCACAUUAUUCAUGUUACUGGACUGUUUCUCAGACAUAUGCUGUGAACACCAAAGCUUAGAUGAACUUGAUGAACUUGAAGGUCGCUUCAAUACAGCAUUGGCACGUCUUGAACGUGAUUUUCCCAUCACAUUACAGAACAUCACAACACACAUUUUGCACCACAUAAUUGAUGGGAUUAGAUCUUUUGGCCCAGUGUACGGGACUUGGAUGUAUGUAUUUGAGAGAUUUAAUAGUUGGCUGUGUAAAAGGUCUCUAAAUAUGUGCCAUCCUGAGGCCACUGCAACAGAAACAUAUAUUUUAUAUGAUUGGUGCCAGUUUAUGAUACAAUCUGGUAAACUUGAUAUUAACACUGCAUCUCUACCUGGAAUUAGUGAAGAUGUGCAAGACGACGUAUACAAAGAAGGUCGUAUUGGAAAUAGUGGAAGAAGAGAGAGAAUAGCUUUGGGCUUGAGGUACUUGGAUGUAAUUCAUGGACAAUGUGGUACAAGAACUGCUGAAUGUAAUAUUAGUAAUGGCUGUAAAGUUGAUAAAAUUACUGACACAGUGUUAGUAGAACAACCUUUCUUAAAGAAGAGGAUAACUUAUAGUUGUCGCUCUGCUGAAAAAUGUACAAAAACAGUAUCUUCCUUUGUGUGUGUGGAAAGCAAGAGGGGUUCUCAAAAUCAAAAGCUUGUUGAUGGAAAGUUUGCAGCUUUUGGACGUAUACAAUAUUUCCUUGAACAUAAAGGAGGAAGCAACAAGAGGGAUCUCCUUGCAUGUGUUAGCUUGUUUGAGAACACUGAGUAUGACGUUGAAAAUGGCCUGUGGUUUGCACGAUCAGAAGAAAUCAGAAAGUCUCGAUAUGUCCAUACAGAUUCACUGUCAGCACCUUUAAUAACUGGCACAGACAAUGGGUGUUUAUGGUUUUGCAAUUACAGAAAAGCACGGUCUAAACAGAUUUAGCCAACAUAAUCAUAUUCUUAGCUAACAUAUGAUCAUAUUCUUCCAAAUGUGUACUUCAUUACAAAGUGUACAUGCAUAAUAUGGUACAUGUAUUGCACAAUGUAUUAAUGAUUGCAGACAUACUGUAUACUGAAACAAAACAUUUAAUUGAGUGGAAUAUGAAAUUUAUUUAACUAAGAUAUAAUUGGAAAUUAUUGUAUGUCAUG